AUGUCGGAGCGCCGCCUACCGAUAACUGCCCCGGCCGUGGCCGGAUCCCGCCGCCAUUGCCGGAGGCUGAGGCGCCGCUGCCGCCUAAUCCUCCUCCCGGCCUUCGCCCUCGCUCUGCUCUACCUGGCCUACCUCUCCUUUUCCUCCCACGCCAACCUCCCCUUCCACGCGAUGAAUCAUGGCCCAUCAAAUAGGGAGAACCUUUUGAAGCGAAAGGACCUGGAAUACAGCCCAUAUUUUACUAAUAUCUCUAUAUUUACUUCUUCUGACAGGACUAGGUAUGAAUUGGAACCUCCCAAAAGUCGAAAGAGACCACGCAAGCGCUAUGCACUAUGUGAAAUCCAAUUCUUGCCAGCUGUUGAUGAUCUUGUGGAGCCUGCUCACUAUGAGAAUUUUACACAGUUCUCUUUGAACUAUAUAUUGAAGGAAGAAGUGCCGGGUAAUGGCUUCUUUAAACCAUUGUUUGGUGGACACCAGAGCCUUCAGGACAGAGAAGAUACAUAUCAUGCAAAAGACCAAACCCUCCACUGUGGUUUUGUUAGAGGCACAAAUGAUUACCCUAGUACUGGAUUUGAUUUGGAUGCAAAUGACAGAAGGUAUAUGGCUACCUGCCAUGUUUCUGUAUCAUCAUGCAUUUUUGGAAGCUCUGAUUACUUGAGGAGACCAACCAAAAGCAGGAUUGGAUCUUACGCUAAGAAGAAUGUGUGCUUCGUCAUGUUCAUGGAUGAGCUAACACUAGCAACCCUUUCCUCUGAAGGACACAUGCCAGAUGAAAAUGGAUUUGUUGGCCUAUGGAGAAUUGUUGUAGUUAAGAACUUACCAUACAAAGAUAUGCGAAGAGCUGGGAAGGUGCCAAAAUUUCUAUCUCAUCGACUCUUCCCAUCUGCCAUGUAUUCUAUAUGGCUGGAUAGCAAACUACGUCUCCAUGCUGAUCCAAUGCUUAUCAUUGAGUAUUUCUUAUGGAGAAAGAAAGCAGAAUACGCCAUCUCAAUGCACUAUGAUCGCUCUUGUGUAUGGGAGGAAGUGCUCCAAAAUAAGCGCUUGAACAAGUACAAUCAUGCUGCUAUUGAUGAACAAUUUCACUUUUACCAGUCCGAUGGUCUUGUCAAGUUUAAUGCCUCCGGCCAACUGCCCGUUCUUCCAAGCUAUGUGCCUGAAGGAUCGUUCAUUGUGCGUGCCCAUACACCGAUGUCUAAUUUGUUUUCAUGCCUUUGGUUCAAUGAAGUCAACCGUUUUACCUCACGUGAUCAAUUGAGUUUUACGUACACUUACUUGAAGCUCAGGCGAAUGAAUCCAGGGAAACCUAUUCACCUCAACAUGUUUAAGGAUUGUGAAAGAAGAGCAAUAGCUAAACUGUUCCAUCACCGAACUAAUGAGACUACAGAUCCACCACCAGCUAAUCUUAGAUUGGACAAGACUUCAAUACAAGGCUGAGACUGCUAUUUGAGGAAUCAACAGCAAUGUGACUUCAAUACAUUGUGCCAAAUGUAUCAUGCAUCCAGCUAUUGCAUACAGGGUAGAUUUUGAUCUUCUCCUUGCUGCAUCCAACUUUUUACCCUUUUUUGUGGAACGAACCAAGCAGGAGUUGAUUGUAUUAUAAACAAAUUAACCAGACAACCCCUUUUAGGGCCACUGACAUACAGCAUCCACUAGAAGAUCAGUAGGCAGGUCAGUCAUGCACAGCACUAUCAUCUUCUGUUGUGGCCACUGACCAGAGGACCAGAACAGCGCCAGUGUGCCUAAGACGCUUGGAGAGAAAAGAAAUGCAGUAGCCUUUGCACAGUUGUUGGUGGAAUGGUGGUAGAAUUGUAGAUUUGCCAGUUGCAAGUGGUCGCUUCCUCGGAAAAUUCAUUUAUUUCAAAUAAUUGUUAGUACGACUGUAUGAGACCCUUUUUUUUGUGUGCCCAUCGCCACAUAGCAAUGCGUAUCAUUGUCAGGCUUUGUACGUGCAUAAUUGACUCUUUAUUCUUUAUUCAUAAUGAGUCCAUGGUAUUGUAUAUCCUAAUUUUAAAUGUGUCAUUCCGCAAUUAACAAUCGCAUGGCCAAUGCAGACUAAUGAAUCAUCUAUGUAAUUUGAUUCAUUUGACGUAUUAUGUUUCAAGCAGCAUUGCAAA